AUGUCCUCCUCUCGGAUGGCACCGCUCUGGCGGAGCUCCGGCCAGUGCCUUGCUCUCCGGCCACGGGCAACGGCAUCGACGGCUACUCUUCCGAGAUCGAUGGCUGCAGAUGCACGAGCACGACCACAGCUGGCUGCACGCCGGAGAGUGGCGGUCGUCCCGUCGGCCGUGCGUGGCUUUGCCGACAUUGCGACGACACCAGAGAGCAACAACAGUGACAACAACACCACACACGACGUUGACGCCGGAGGCGUAUCACAAAAACAAGCAUUAGACCCGUCAGGGUCUGGGACGAAAGCGAACGAUGUGGAAAAGCCCCAUCUGGCGAACGCGAGGCGUGAGGCCAUCCUCCAGUUUGAACGCUUGGUCAAGGGCUUUGCACCAUUCGAACGCUCUGCCGACGGCCACAAGUUCGGCCUGACGACAAACGCAACACGGGCGGCAAUGCUCGACCAGGAGGCGCUCGAGGUGGGAGACAUGACGCUGGCAGACGGCGAGGCGCUGCCCCGCGUCGGCAGGCUGCAGAAGCGUCAUGAUCCCGUCAUCGCGCAGGUCACGCGUCUGAUGAUGCGCGACGGCAAGCUCGCCAAAGCCCAGAGAAACAUGGCCCUUGUCCUCAACUACUUGCGUACGGCGCCGCCGCCCAAGAUUGACCCCAACUUCCCGCUCAUGACCGGCAACCUGCCCGCUGAGGCGCUACCCCUCGACCCCGUCCGCUACCUCAACGUCGUGGUCGACUCCGUCGCGCCCCUGAUCCGCAUCUUGCACCUGGCCGGCCAGGCCGGUGGUGGCCGCGCUCUGCCUGUGCCCGCCCCUCUCAACGAGCGCCAGCGACGCCGCGCCGCCUUUACCUGGAUCCUCGAGAACGCCAGCAAGCGGCCGUCGCGCGGCAGUGGUCGCAAUACGUUUGCGCACCGCGUGGCCGAGGAGAUUAUUGCCGUCGCCGAGGGCCGGUCCAGUGUGUGGGAGAAGCGGAGGAUGGUGCACAAGCAGGGCACGGCGGCGCGUGCCAACGUCCUGGCCCUGACGAAGAAGAAGAGACACUAG